UUGUAAUUCGGCGCUUCGUUCAAAAAAACACUGUUAAAAACUCUUGUCAGUCUAUUGUAUCUCAUCUGAAAAUGAGUACUUAAAUUCAAAACUACUAAAUAAAGACAUUCAUAUAAAACAUAUCUAAAGAACAAAUUUCCUUAUUGUGGAAAACUUUGAUUUCCCUGGUAUAUUGGCAAAACACUUCUGAUUUUAGUGAUUUUUCUGUCCAGCGAAUCCUGCCCUAAACCUAAACACAGAACACAGCAGAGUUGGAACCAUGGUGGGUCUGCCCUCUGUUGCUCUUCAUCUUCAAUAAGUGACUCUAAUAGUAACAAAAGCGGUAUAACAGAAGAGGUUGGUGAGACAUCUGGAGGAGAGGAAGGCACUUAUUUUCACUUCAACGUGUUUCUCUUUGAUUUGGCUAGCAAGUACCUACCAGAGGGAAGUAUUUCAUAGUAAACAAUCUUUAAUUAACACUAUCAGCAGAGAGUACAGUGUUCUGUUCAAACGAAGCGCUGAAUUACAAUUAUUCAUAGUGGCGGUUUAAUUGGAUUUUGUUUCGGAAGUUUUAUUGUGAUCGUAGUGACAAUUCAUCCUAUUUUGUUUUGUUCUCAAUGUCUUAUUGCAUGGUCCUUUGGUGUCCAAAUAAAGGUCAGAUUCCAGGAAUAUCUUACUUCAGGUUAACCAAAAGUCGUCAUGAUGCUUGGAUGAUUGCUCUGGGGCGAGAUCCCUUUGUUGAGAAGUUGAGUACCAGCAAUAUGGUUUGCAGUGAGCAUUUCAAUGAAGCAGAUAAAAUUUAUAAAAACAAGCUCAUAAGAUUGAAACCCGACGUUGUUCCUACUUUGAAACUGAAAAAACAACGUGAAAUUUUGUUUGAGAAUCGAAGAUAUCUAAACAGGGCUGAUGAAGACCCUGCAUCAGGUACUUCAGAAGAGCCAGUGAGUAUCGUAAUAAAACAAGAAUGUGAAAAUACAGGGGAGCAGUCAUCUUUAAGCAGAGAAUAUUAUUUUGUGGAGAAUGAGGAGAAUUAUCCGGAUAUCCCAGUGACCUCUACUCCUGUAAUUGAAAUAUGCUCUCAGAAGAGCAGUAGUUCACCAGAAAGUAGUAUAUCUAUUAAAUCUAUGAAGGCUGCAGCAACACUUCAGAGGUUGAAGAGGAAAUUAACAUCAUCUAAUAGUAAUUCAUCAAAAGGAGUUUCAGAAAAAAUAAAAAAAGACGUCAAAUUAAUGCACAACUACAGCUCGUCUCCAAAAAAAAUUCUACAAAAGUUGAAGGAAUAUCGUUUCAAAUAUACAAUGACCCAGAAGAAACUGAAAGCUAACAAAUUGAAAACAAAAAGACUUUCCAAAAAAGUAUCCAGUAUGAGACUAAUCAUAUCUGAUUUGAAAAGAAGAAAAUGCAUUGGAUGUUUGAGGGCAAAAACCUUCGAAGAGAUGCAAUCCCAAUGAGAUUCGUAGUUAUACAUUAACUUUGAAUGUUUACUCUACAAAAGCUGGUAACCAAGGAAGCAGUUGUCUACCCAGAAUCAGAUUUUGGCCAAUGAAAACACAUAUUUUUCAUUAUGGAACGAAUUUUUGGCCUAAAGAAACACAUACUUGGGAUCAAUCAAGUGGUAUGUUUUUACAUUAGUAUGAACAUGACCAGUUCUGAAGAAUCAACUUGAUCACCACCAGAAAAUCAAAAAUAAAAAUAUCUUGCAUUUUAAAAAGCAAACCUGCCAUCUAGUUGUAUAUUGACAUACGUUAUAUUGUAUAUAUUUCGAUUGUAAAU